CUUAGAGAAAGAGACACACACACUGGGAGAGAGCGCGCGAGGCAGGAGACCUUCCCCUCCUCUCUCCAAGGCUGGGCUUCUUGGAAGUGAAGCCCGUUUGGGUUUUGUUUCCCUUCCCCCCUCCCUCCUCUUCCUCCACCCCUUUCCCCUCCCCCUCCCGCUGUCUUUCUAGCAUGAUGCCCUUUUUCAUCCACAUUUGUGUUUCAGGUGUAGAGGAGAGAGAGAACGGGGAGCGGGGCUUUUGUCUGUUGGACUGAAGAGCGAGGAUAGAAGCCCCGAGGCUGUUGAGAUUCUCAAAAUGGUUUACUACCCAGAACUCUGUGUCGGGGUCAGUCAAGAACCAUUUCCAAACAAGGAAAUGGAGGGAAGACUUCCUAAGGGAAGGCUUCCCGUCCCCAAGGAAGUAAACCGCAAGAAGACCAGCGAGAUGGAUGCUGCCCGGCUGACUCCACUGGGCAGCAGUGGUCCCCGCGCCCCACGCAUCGGUCGCCUCCGCUCUUUUUAAGCGUCACACCUCCAUUUGCAUUACAUAUGGUGUGUGGGUAUUGAUGAGGUCAUGGUAUCAUAUAUGGAAUUUUUUUCUGUGUAAAUCAUCAAGUAUAUGAAGAAACUAUGGGACUCUGAGCCUUGCUUUAGAGAACUGACAGUGGGCAACUAGGUAUCAUCAAACCAGUUUUUAACCAUUCUGACUCAAGUGAAAACGCUCAGAAUUUCACACUGUGAAUCCACGUUUACAACCCUUACUGGUGGGCCUUCAGGCCUGGUUCGCUACAACAAUGUCUUCCACAACUCCAACUCCCACCGUGCUCACAGGACCGGUCCACUCUUGCCUUUCAUUCAUACAGCUCCCGACUGCUUCAUGCAGAGGCUGAGAGUCCCCAUUUUUUUUUUUUUCAUUUAGAUGUAACAAGACUAGUAGUUUAUGUUCAUCGAUUGUCUGUAGAUCUCUAUAUUUUACCCAUGUACUCUUUUGAUGUAUAGAAGUAGUUCGAAACUCAUCGUUUCCUUGUGGUUAGUGACGAGAUGCUGCCACAGGGCCUGAGACACUGAUGAAUGGUGCUAUUUUGGAUUUUCAACAUGCUCCUUGGCGAGGUAGCUCUGAUGGAGUUAUUUUUUAUUUCCAUGUUCUAAGAAGGUGUUGGUACUCUGUUUCCCUGAAUGUUGUUCUCUCGACUGGAUUGACUUGUUCUCCUUGUGUCUUCAGUGUGGCUUUCUUCCCCAGUGCUGUAGGCUGAGUGAGUGCUACCAGCGCGCGGGAGACCGCCGUCUCGUGGGCUGGCACUCCAGGACGUGCGGUCAUGGUAGCGGGAGCAAUCACAAAACUGUAACUCCUUACCAAGUCUCCUCCUCCCCGAGGCCUCGCCUGCCUGACUUAGACACAGAAAAGCAAUAAUCGUACAGGCAUUUCGAGGUGUCUCUUUGGGUUCUUUUUGUUUGAAAGGAUAUUUGGGGAAUAAAAGGGCACAUGUUUUUUAAAUUUUUUUUUAAGUAAAUGCCCUCUGGAAAAAAAACAAUCCAACACACUGGCAUCUGAGUAGGAUACACACAUUAUGCCUUUUCCAAAAGUUAAGUUGGAAAAAAAUGUCUUUUCAAAAGAAUAAUUAACAACGACAACACAAAGGCAGAGCACUCUUUCGGCAGUUUUGAUAAGCAAGGUGUAGAUUUUACAUUUUUGUCCUUGCUCCCAAUGAAACGGACAAACAAAAACUAAAAUCAGAUAAUACCAUCUACUCAUGGAAUGUUGUUGUGUUAGCCAGUCUGAAAGCCCACCUUAAUUUUUAUAUAACUGUCUCUUAGCUCUUGCUUUGACAGGGCAGGCCUUGUUCUGAACUGUUUCUUCUGACCGUCGAACACCGAUGACGCAUGCGCUGCCCCUCUUCCUUCUCGCUCCCCACGAGCCUGAGUCCCUGUGCGCCCCCUCUUUGUUAGAAUAGUUCUAUCAGCUGUGUAAAUAGAGCCAGAAACAGUAUCUGCAUCCGUGGCAUUUACGUAGAGGUGCAGUUGUGGGCUGCUGGAAACGCAGGCCUUUGUAACCAUGUGAUCUUUACUGAUGCGCUCAUGACAAGUACCCAAUGUAUUUUAGCUACUUUAGUAGUAUUUGUUCAAUAAAUAUGCAAGCUGU